CCGCCGCCGCCGCCAGCCCGGCCAUGGCCUCCCCCCCGCCGCGCUGUUGCUGCUGCUGUUGCCGGUGCUGCUGCCGCCGCCGCCGCCGUUCGCACCGCGCCGCCGAGAGCGAAACCGAAAGCGGUGCCCGGGGGCUACGGCUGGAGACGCUUGUGCCCCCCCCCGAGGGCUGCACGGAGCUGUCGGCGCCGGGGGACACGGUGCACAUCCACUACACGGGCAGCCUGGAAGAUGGCCGGAUCAUCGACACCUCGCUGAGCCGGGACCCGCUCCAGGUGGAGCUGGGCAAGCGCCAAGUCAUCCCCGGCCUGGAGCAGAGUUUGCUGGACAUUGUGUGUGGGGUAAGCCAGGUGGUGGGGCGAGGGGGUGGGCAGCGGGCCCCCCCCAGCAUCCCCGCCACGGUUUGGCGUGGGUUUGGCCCCACGGGGCACCGCACUGACAGUCUCUCGCCGUGGCAGGGAGAAGCGGAGAGCUAUCAUCCCCCUCACCUGGCCUACGGCAAACGGGGCUCCCCUCCCACCAUCCCAGGCGAUGCGGUGCUGCGGUUCGAGGUGGAGCUGGUCGGUUUGUCCCGGGCCAGUUACUGGCAGAAGGUUGCGAACGAGGUGCUGCCGCUGCUGUGCCUGGGGCUGGUGCCGGCGCUGCUGGGGCUCAUCGGGUACCACCUCUACCGCAAGGCCAGCAGCCCCAAGCUCUCCAAAAAGAAGCUGAAGGAGGAGAAGAGGAACAAAGCCAAAAAGAAAUAAAGCCUUUCCCUCGGCAA